CAUGGAAAGAACCCGGAAGUGGGGUUGUUAGCUCCUCAGCGCGCUAACUAAGCUAGCUCCUGUCGUCUGCGGCUGGAAGACAUGGGGGCUGUGCGUAUCAGCCAUCACUGACAGCGCCACUGCCGAGAGGCCACACGUUACAGGGAAAACACCUGACAGACAUUUUCCCACUAAGCUGCCAGGUCAGGCCUGAACAUGGAAUCCAUGCUUAACAAGCUUAAAAGCACUGUCACUAAGGUGACAGCAGAUGUCACCAGCGCUGUCAUGGGCAACCCAGUGACACGAGAGUUUGAGGUUGGACGACAUAUCGCCAGCGGGGGUCCUGGAAUGUGCUGGAGAAUCUACAAUGGCACCAAGAAGUCCACCAAACAGGAAGUGGCAGUGUUUGUGUUCGAGAAGAAGGUGGUCGACAAGUAUCAGAAAUUCGAGAAAGACCAAAUCGUCGAUUCGCUGAAAAGAGGAGUGCAACAGCUGACCAGACUGCGUCAUCCCCGUCUCCUGACUGUGCAGCAUCCUCUGGAGGAGUCACGGGACUGCCUGGCGUUCUGUACAGAGCCGGUGUUUGCAAGUCUGUCCAAUGUGCUUGGCCACUGGGACAACCUGCCGAGCCCUGUGCCCAACGACAUCAAGGAGUACAAGCUCUAUGACGUGGAGACCAAGUAUGGCCUGCUACAGAUCUCGGAGGGUAUGGCCUUCCUCCACAGUGGCGUGAAAAUGGUUCAUGGCAACCUGUGUCUAGAGAACAUAAUCCUCAACAAGAGUGGAGCCUGGAAAAUCAUGGGCUUUGACUUCAGCAUCUCCUCGUCAAACCCCUCAGAUGCAGAGCCCAAGUACACAUGUAAAGAGUGGGAGCCCAUCCUCCCUCCACUCUGCCUCCCCAACCCUGAGUACCUGGCCCCUGAGUACAUCCUGUCUGUCAGCUGCGACUCUGCCUCCGACAUGUACUCACUGGGUGUGGUCAUGCAUGCCAUCUUCAAUGAGGGCAAGCCCGUUUUCAAGGUCAACAAGCAUGACAUUUUCAAGAGCUUCAGCCGGCAGCUGGACCAGCUGAGCAGCAUGAAUCCAGCAUUGCUGAACAAGAUCCCUGAAGAGGUGCGGGAGCACGUCAAAAUGUUGCUCAGUGUCGCGCCCAAUGUCCGGCCUGAUGCUGACCAGAUGACCAAGAUCCCAUUCUUUGAUGACGUGGGUGCUGUCACUCUUCAGUACUUUGACACCCUUUUCCAAAGGGACAACCUACAGAAGUCUCAGUUCUAUAAAGGCCUCCCCAAAGUCCUUCCCAAACUGCCCAAGAGAGUGGUGGUGUAUCGGAUCUUGCCGUCAUUGACCUCUGAGUUUGUCAACCCGGACAUGGUUCCCUUCGUGCUUCCCAAUGUUCUGCUGAUUGCAGAGGAGUGCACAAAGGAGGAGUACAUUCGUCUCAUCCUGCCUGACCUCACACCUGUUUUCAAACAGCAGGAGCCUAUUCAGAUCCUGCUGAUCUUCCUGCAGAAGAUGGACCUGCUGCUGACCAAAACACCGCCAGAGGAAAUCAAGAACAGCGUGCUGCCUAUGGUCUACAGAGCUCUAGGAGCCCCUUCUGUACAGAUCCAGGAGCUGUGCCUGAACAUCAUCCCCACAUUUGCCAACCUGAUUGACUACCCGUCCAUGAAGAACUCCCUCAUCCCUCGGAUCAAAUCAGCCUGCCUGCAGACCUCCUCGCUAGCUGUACGAGUGAACUCUCUGGUGUGUCUAGGGAAGAUUUUGGAAUAUCUAGACAAGUGGUUUGUCAUCGAUGAGAUCCUGCCCUUCUUACAACAGAUCCCCUCUAGAGAACCAGCAGUGCUCAUGGGCAUCCUAGGAAUCUAUAAAUGCACUUUCAGCCAUAAGAAGCUGGGCAUUCCCAAAGAGCACCUCGCUUCAAAGAGCCUGCCCCACCUCGUCUCUCUUAGCAUAGACAACAACCUCAAUCUGAAUCAGUUUAACUCGUUCAUGGCGGUUAUACGCGAAAUGCUGAGUCGCAUGGAGAAUGAACACAAGACCAAGUUGGAGCAGCUGCACCUCAUGCAGGAGCAGCAGAGGAGUAUAAACAUUUCAAACCCAGGGAACCAACCAGAGGAGACAAAGAGCCCACCAAGCUCGGGCAACCAGAUUGAUGAUAUCUUUGGCAGCACAGGGGUUAAUGGAAAAGAGAAUGGGUCUGCCCCAGCUGCAGCAACCUCACAGCCUAACAGGAUGUCUCUGACUCUGGAGGAGAAACAGCGUUUGGCUAAGGAGCAAGAACAAGCAGUCAAACUGAGGAACCAGCAGCCGUUGGCACCACAGACCAUCAAACAGAACACCACCACCAACUCACAGACUAAAGAUCUGACCAGCAGCCUUCUCAGCAUGACGACGCUCAACAGCCUGUCUUUGGCCAACACAGCACGACCAGCUCCAGUGCAGGGCAGCACCAUGUCUGCCUAUCCCACCUCCAGCCCUGUGGUUGGAUCCAUGGGCACCCCAGUCUCUAAUGGCUUCAAUGCACCUAUGGGCUUCCAGACAGGGGGCAUGGGGAUGGGCAUGCGGCCCACCGGCCCUGGCCUCUAUGGCGGCAUGGCCACCACCACCAGCACCCCAAACUUUGGCGCGCUGACACAGAAUCACAUAUCCAUUGGGCAGACAAACCAAGCUCCCGACUUGUCAGCCCUGGACAGUCUUUUUACACCCAGCAAACCCAAAGUCAGCCUCAACCAAAUGGGUCCCAUAGCCGCACCUGCAACCAACACACCCUGGCUCCAUCAGUACGGUUCUGCCCAGAACGCUCAAACUCAGAUGCAGGGUAUGCCAGUAGGUUCUGGAGGAGUGCCCGCUGGGUUUGGGAUGCAAGCAAACCCUUUUUUCAGCCCACAGAACUUUUCUCAACCUCCUACUGCCCCAAGUAUGAACCAAAGUGGAGUUAAACAUAGUGCAUCUGUCAACAAUGACCUCAAAGACUUAUUUGGGUAAAUAUAUGUGCACGGAUGGCAGGUGAAGUAUCUUAUUUUAAUAACUUUAGACAGAAGAGCCUGGGAUUCUCACAGAAAAAGACUGAUUGAAUGUGAAGUUUUGGAAUCCCUUCAAGGAUUCUGCUGUGUGUGUUUUUAAAUUCAACCUGGUUUCAAAUUCUCAAUCUUGCUAACAUUCUGCUGGCGAAUUAACCUGCACCUGAGUUCAAUAUCUACCCGACCAGAAGGACUAAAAGGUUGUGGUGGGAACUUCUUCUAUACUGUGUUCUCUAAAUGCUGGGGUUUUCUUACUCUUUUGUACUCAAAAUUCUUGGGAGUCCAAAUGGCAAUGGGUUGAGAUGAAUCCCAACUCAGUUUAUUCAGGAAGGUGUUUGUGUGCAUAUCAUGAAUGAGUGUUUUUCUCCUCUCGAGCAAGCUGCAGAAUAGGAAUCAUCCACAAGGAGGCGCACAUCUGCUCACUUUCAGGCUACUCUACCUUUCUUUUCUCCAGGCUGUUUUAAGAUUCGCUGCAUGUCGAAAGGGAUCAGACUGUUUUAUGGCUUGAAAAAACAAUUGUACUGCAUACACCAAAAUGAGCCCAGUGGGAGGUGGCCUCAAGUGCAGCACUGACAAGCCUGCAGUGACGGAUCUGCAUCCAGGAGGCUCCUCUGUGGAGACAGGGAGGGGGUGUAGAAAACAAGCAGCCCAGCAUAUAUGGGUGAGAUGGGGCAAUCAAGAGCAGCCCCUCUGCAGUCGUCCCAGUCACUUAAUUUGAUAAUCAAGCAUGUUAAAAAGGAAAAGAUUGGUUUUGUCAUGUCAAUGUUUAAAACCACCACUUCACCUCCUUUUGUUAAAGCAACACUAUUCAACUUUUUAACCUUAAAACAGCAUGUUCAGAAGUCAUUAAAAAAAAACUGUGUUUAUCUCCAAUAUCCGGGGGGGAAACAUUUGCUGAAGCUGGACAUCAUGGGUAUUAUCCACCAUUCAACAAGGAAUUGAUGGAGCCCAGCAGAAUGAAUAACCACAUCUGGCUGCAGGGGGCGCUACUGGUCACAAAAUUACAUAGUGUUGCUUGAACAACAAACAUUGAAUUAGUGUCUGUAAAUGCAGUAUGAGCGGUGUGUGUCUGAUUGUGGGUUACGAUGUGUUGACAUCUAUCAUACCAGUGUCUUUUUAGCGAGAUGCUAAUUUUACAAGCGAUUUAAUCUUUCUUUUUUCAAAGAUCACAUGCGCUGCUUAGGCUGCUGUGCCUUACAUGGGUACAUGUGUGGAACUAGACGGACGGCACUCGUCUGUGGAGUAUUAAUAUUUUCCCUGUUAAUCAGCUGUCUGCUUUUCAAACUACUUACUUUAUCGCCUGUUACUGAUCUCGACCACUAAAUCAUUCCUGAUUAUUUCAGCGACCAAUAACUUUUUAUUUUCCGCAGCUGGAUCCUUCAAUUGACCAUUUCUGUUGAUUUUGUACAGGUAAAGAUAUCAUUCUAUAUUUUGAUUUCAGCACUUUUCGGCUGUCAGAGGACAUGUGCUGGCGACAUAUUAGGAAGUGUAAAUAUAAAGUCAUUUAAAAAAGCUGUCGCUCUGCUUUUUUAUGUUCUGUAGAUAGUGGUGAAGAGGCCUUAGAUGAGUCGUGUGCAAUAAUCCUUCACGGUUGUUGAGGGUGGAAAUUGAUUUGCUCGAGCAGCUUUAUCUCCACUGACCUACAGGGACUUUCUGAUUUCCGUAACGUGCGUAGGGUUGAUCUGUGCUCGUUCUAAAUCGUACACUUUUGAAAUAGCACCAUUUUAAGUCUUCGAUGCACCUGGGACACCGUUUCUGCCGACAGUUAUCAUUAACACGCUGAAGUGUAACGUCUUCUACCGGAUUCACUUUUUUGUUUGCACCAAUACAGGGUGAGCCGUCUCUCCAGCUGCAUGGCAUCUGCACGCUCAUGAAUUUUGACUCUUUAGGUUCUGAUAAUUCCCCCAUUUUUGUCAUACACUGCAAAAAAAACAUGUCUGAGGUUGAAAUCUGUUUCAUCACUAGAAUCAACUUGCACUGUGGUAGUUUGGAUUUGAUCUUUGCAGCGUGUCUCACACACACUUCCUGGCAGAAACCCCCCCCUGAAAGCUAAAAUCGUAUUCUUCUACAAGAUUGUUUGUAAACUACUGCUGUCAAAUAUGUGUUGUGUGGCCUGUGUUCUAUGUGUUGAGGUGCUGGUCUCUGAGGUGGCACAAUGAAAAUCUGUACAUAUAAAGGACAAGUACACAAUC